AUGAAAGCCCGGCGACGUGGAGGGUCCCUACAUGCAGAACUCCCCUUUACAUAUACGCUGUUCAGCACCAUUGACGUCUACGGUGAUGACUUACUCGAUUUUACAGGAGAUGACAAACCUGAAAGACAUGCUGAGGUUACGGAAUUCCUGCGCAGGAGGGGAUCGGGUGCAUGUCGUGAUGCUCCUCUUGGGCCGUCAUCGUACCUUCACAUGAGAGAACCCUUCAGUUACAUUGCCGAAGGCUCCAUCAGUGAAAACACAUCCGAUGCAGGCGGCAGCUUUGCCCGUGUGGAAGAUGCCAUGCAACACGUGUGGUUCAUUUCGCAGCGUGAUGGAAUCAGCACUCCGUUUGCUCUCAACUUCUCGACAUCUGCGCAGUUUUUAAGGUACGCGGAGAGGGAAUCGUUGCAGUUUCCGACGUUAAGAUGUGGAUCAUCCACAAUGGCUUCGGAGCCCAUUGCAGCACAUGAAGGACCUGCUAAGUGGUUGGAUAUUCAAACAAAGAACAAAACUCUCGUUACGGAUAUUCUUUCCCACUUCCCCGUCUCGGCGGAUACAGUCGAACACUGCUGCUAUCCAGAUGAUAUGGAUCGUGUUAUUGCACAUUCCACGCUUGGAUAUUUCUUCUUUAACCUCAUGUGUACACCCAUCGCCUUAGGGGAAGUGGCACGUGGCCGCCAUCAAGUGAAAAGCGUCAUACAGCAGCGACUUGAAGCUGCAAUGAGCGCCGGUCCGCGUUCUUCGACCCCAUCGGCUGUCGCCGUUUCUGUUAUAGUUUUCUUUGAUUGGGUCGUAACGGUGCAUGAGGAGCCCUUUCAUGAGUUUGAUGACUUACUGCGUUUUAUACUGAUUAACUGUGGUAAUCGGGCGCCCGCAUCAAACAACCGAAGGCUCAUGCAGGUGAUGACGGCCCCUUUCAUAUUCGCUAGUUUCUUUCAAAUUGUUGUGGGACACUUAUUAGACAGCGAAUCGCUAACCAUGAUAGUGGACGAGGUCAGUGAUCUUGUGUUUCUUUCCAAGAGCACAGAAGGUCACAACGAAGAGGUUGUGCAGCGUAUUACCAACGCGCGCCGGUGCUUUGCCGAGUACGCCGCCGAGUUGACUAGACGUGAGUACAUUGCUUCUGUUCUUCUACAUUCGCAUAUGAUGGAUUCGUUUCUCACAAAAGACAAAGUUUGCCGUACACAAAUAGAGAGCGCUCAAGCUUACCUUUAUCGUAUGAGUGAUGAAGUUGGGGACUGUCGUGACACAGUCGCACUGACAAAUUGGUACCAGAAUGUGAAGGACACGUGGCACCAUCUUCAGUACGGUAAUAAGGCACUCCGUCAAACAGUUUUGUUUACUGAGUUGAUUAACAUUAUGUACCCCCUCAUCACACUUCAAACGCUUUUCUCCCUUAACGUGCGGAUCCCUUUCGCUUACUACGAGGAUCAAAUGGAAAAGGAUUUGAAACCGUUUUUCAUUAUGAUGGGGAUUGUGUUAUUCUUUUUGUUGUUGUGUGGGCGUGCGAUGUAUGCUCUGUGGCACAAGAAACACUGGUCGACGCGCCUGCUGGCAACGUAG